UUUGUCACGUCGAGUGUCUUUUCUAGGCUCUUUACCUGUUUCAAAUACAUGAUUAUGUUCUCUGACACGGCAUUCAUUAACGGCACCUGUUUAUCCUCAGCCAAUCAGGCCGCUGUUCAGGCAACAUGUAAAUACAUCAAACCGCGAGAUGAAUAUACAUGCAUGAUGCUUAUAUGCUUGCUCUCGGGAUUACAAGCCACAGUAUCGUGGUGAUUAUCGCAGCUUCAGCAAGUUUAUUUUAUACACGACUCUGUAGACCAGACCAUCAUGAGGUUCGCAUUUUUGGUGCCAAGGCAGGCUUUCGAUAUCAGUUAAAAUAUCACCGAAUUUCUAGAUUUAAUUGCUCGUAGUUGUGAUGAAUCGUCUGGUCCAGGAACAGCACGCUGCGCCAAAGUUUGGCUCGGAUGGAAUGGAAAGAAUACGCCUGAAUGUUGGUGGACAACGACACGAGACGUAUCUCAGUACUGUAGGAAAUCUACCAGAUACGCGGCUAUAUUCCAUCAUCGAAAGUGCUGUGAAGUCGCCGGAUUACGAUCCGGAAACUACGGAGGUUUUUUUUGACCGUCAUCCUGCCGUCUUUGCUCAGGUAUUGAAUUACUAUCGCACGGGAACGCUGCACUGUCCUACGGACGUAUGUGGGCCGUUAUUCGAGCAGGAACUCAACUACUGGGGAAUUGACGAGAAAGACAUGGAACCGUGUUGUUGGACGAAUUAUACGCAACAUCGUGACGCCGAAGAAAACCUUAAAAACGUACUCUACGAAGGCACAUCCGAGGAGUGCGUAACAGAUUCAUCCUUCAUCUCCCAACAAUCGGAGAUGACACGUUUAUGGAAGAAAAUCCAACCUCAAGUUUGGGCUACGCUGGAUGAAUCUCGUUCAUCCAAUAGGGCAAGGGUAUUUUCCUUCGUGUCCGUGAUGUUCAUUGUCGUCUCAGUCGCGAUGUUUUGUGUAAAUACUGUACCUGAGGUGGCCGAGACCAAAAGUUGGCCUUACUUCUUUAAAGCCUUGGAGUUCCUUUGUGGUAUUUGGUUCACGCUGGAGUUUCUGUUAAGGAUCGUAUUUUGUCCUGACAAGGUGGCAUUUGCGAAGAGUUGGUCAACGUGGAUCGACUUCUUAGCCAUAACACCUUUCUACCUCAAGUUAUUCGUCACUUCUCACGUUAAGGCGAUCGACGCCCUCUUGGUAAUUCGUUUAUUGAGAUUGUUUCGCUUCUUCCGUCUCAUUUAUGGACUCCAAGUGCUCUCGCACACUCUGAAAGCCAGCUCCUAUGAGCUCGUUUUACUUCUCUCGAUGCUGGUAAUUCCGGUGAUAUUGUUCUCGUCCAUCGUGUUCUUCAUAGAGGAUCACUUUGAUAAGAAGAACACGAAGUUCCGCUCUAUUCCUCAUUCAUUUUGGUGGUCCCUAAUCACCAUCACGACAGUCGGUUACGGUGAUAUGCACCCGGUAACGUGGCUCGGAAAGGUUAUCGGCUCUAUGUGUGCCAUUUGUGGCGUACUGAUCGUAGCACUUCCCGUUUCCAUUAUCGGAAGCAACUUUUCUUUGUUCUACACUCACGCUCAAGCAAGGCUGAAAUUGCCGAAGAAAAAGAAAAAUCUGUUUAUACAACAGAGAUCGACGAUAUACUCAGAGAGACAGUUGCCUAGAAGACGGGGUGCAGUACGGCGCAAGGUGUCCUCAAGGGCGAGCGACACCUGUAGUUUCAUGAUGUGCGCCGACAGCCGAGCUUCGUCUGUGCAAGGCUACAACUUACCAAACGGGACGAAAGCGCAUAGCGGCGUCCAUGAUGACAACAGAUCAAAUGCUUCGACGGGGAGGGUGAUGAAAAAGAAGAUAUCAAGUAUCUCGAUUAAAAUUCCAUCACUUGAAUCGCCUUGUGAGGAAAAUCCCAACGAUCAGGUGGAGCCGUCAUCCCGGAGGGGAUACUCGUCGUUUGACUCCAUGCAUUACGUCACAAGACGAAGAUCUCUUACGACCCCUCCUGAUGGAGUAGUAUCGAAUACAAAUACUGCAGAAGAGGGAGAGAGCGUCGAAAGCUUGGCAUGUGCAAAUAACAAAGAUAAGCGGAAUGUAAGGUUCAACGGAACGCAAAGCUCGCGGGAAAAUAUUCCGCUUCUCGUAGAACCAAGUGAACCGUCUAUAGAGUUACGCGACAUCGGCCCCGUAACGACCGAGGAUUCACCUCUUGGCGUGCAAUCAGAAAACAUGAAUAAUAACCAGUGUCUUCUUACGGUUGAACCUGAGGAAUAUUUAGGUUCUCCAAUGCAGGCUUGUGAGUCGGAUAGCGAGCAGAAUGCAAGCGAUCUUAACGAUGCAGAGGGAUGUGUUUCUAUGAAGCGAGUACCGAGACGGCGGAAAGAUGGAGUUGCUAACUGGAGGAGACGACCAUCAUCCUUGGAAAGCAUUAGCGAGAAGAGUAUUAAAAUGGAUAGAUUGUCGAAUAACGUCAGUGACUCGGGUGUUGAAGCCCUGGACGAAAAUAUUUUACCCGAGCUUGAAGUAACGAGGCCCCUAGUGCAUUUCAACCGUGGACGAAGGCAACCUAUUUUCUAACACCGAUCUCAAAGUGUUAAAAACAAAUAUCCUGUCCAUGAAACGUGUACAGAUAAAGCCAGCCCGAGCAUGAGGACAUGAGUGGUUACAUAAUAACACAAGAUGUUAAUUAUUUAACUCCAUCGUUAUAAUAAGACAUCAUGCAUUGCCACGGAGUUAUCAUGCAGUUAUCAAAAGCGUCCCAAUCUGAUAAUGUUAUCACAUGCACACGAAGGCGAAAUAUGCGACGCGUGUUUAUACAGGGACAAAAAUCGAACUGCGUAACAUACGGCAAAAACACAGGUUGAUAAUAUUAUAAGAGCAAUGGGCACUUCACGAACAUGCCGUUUAUCGGGUUAAAACAAUUCGUUGACGCCUAACAAUUAAUGCAUGGCUGAAAGUUGAUAACAACAAUGUUCGUGGGGCAACAACAUAGUUUUCUCCUGACCUGUUUCCAUCAACCUGAAACAAUUUGAGCGUUUCUAGCCACGUGGUAGGUUCCACUCGCUAUAAACUUUACAGUGACCUUACAGUGACACAGAUAUCGCUUAUAUGCGAUAUGAAUUUCUCGAAAUUUGCGGUUUUCAUAAAAACUAUUUAUAUAUUAAAAUAUAUAAAUAUUAUUUAAAAAAC